UAUUUUCAAAACCAAAAUUGUUCGCUUCUCUUUCUCUAGGAAGCUCUAGAAGACGAUCAAGCUUUCUUUCAAUGGCUUUUAUAAAUUACUCUUCGCUUUCCCCUUCUUUAUCUUCACCGGCUUAUCUCGUAUCUUCUAAAGGUUUCUCAUUGCUCUUUUCCUUGUAGCUCUCUGCUACUGAAUUUUCUGUCUCGUUGCUUGCUUCUGCCACCUGCUUGCUCGGCUCAACCAUUUUAAUCGCUAUUGUUCCUGGUUAUUUCUCUUUUUCUUUCUUCAAUUGGUUGAUUACGGAACUGGAUUAUGGCUGAACCAAUAUACACCGUAGCUUCUGAUAGUGAAACUACUGGGGAAGAUAGAACAACAUCAACUUUUCCAGAAAUUGCAGUUGGAAUUGAUAUUGGUACAUCACAAUGUAGUAUUGCAGUCUGGAAUGGAUCUCAGGUAGAGCUUCUUAAGAACACAAGAAACCAGAAAAUUAUGAGAUCAUAUGUCACCUUCAAGGAUGACACUCCUUCUGGGGGAGUUAGUAAUGAGCUAAGCCAUGAGUAUGACAUGCUCUCUGGUGCUGCAAUUUUCAAUAUGAAACGCUUGAUUGGAAGAGUUGACACUGACCCAGUUGUUCAUGCAUGCAAGAGCCUUCCUUUUCUGGUGCAAACUUUGGACAUUGGUGUUCGUCCAUUUGUUGCAGCUUUGGUGAAUAAUGUAUGGAGAUCUACAACUCCUGAAGAAGUUUUGGCAAUUUUCAUCGUUGAACUGAAAAUGAUGGCUGAAUAUCAACUAAAACGACCAAUUAGAAAUGUUGUUUUAACAAUUCCAGUUUCAUUCAGCCGAUUCCAGCUUACUCGUGUGGAACGAGCUUGUGCAAUGGCUGGACUUCAAGUUAGAUUGAUGCCUGAACCAACAGCAGUAGCUUUGUUAUAUGCUCAACAACAACAGCAGGCUGUACAUGACAGCAUGGGCAGUGGAAGUGAAAAAAUUGCUCUUAUUUUCAACAUGGGAGCUGGGUAUUGUGAUGUUGCUGUGUCAGCCAUAGGAGGAGGGGUGUCACAGAUCAGAGCCCUGGCUGGCAGUCCUAUAGGAGGCGAAGAUCUACUUCAAAACACCAUGAAGUAUCUUUUGCCAAAUUCUGAAUCUAUAUUCUCACACCGUGGAAUUGAUGAGAUCAGAAGGAUGGGGUUGCUCCGAGUUGCGACUCAAGAUGCUAUCCACAAGCUCUCAUUCCAGUCUAGUGUUGAAAUCAAUGUCAGCUUGGGAAAUGGGUCAAAGUUAUGCAAGGUUCUUAGCCGAGAGGACUUUGAGAUGGUGAACAGCAAGGUGUUCGAGAAAUGUGAGAACCUCGUUAAGCAAUGCUUACAUGAUGCACGACUGGGGAUCGAAGAUUUGAGUGAUGUAGUAGUAGUUGGUGGCUGUUCAUAUAUUCCAAAGAUCAGACAUCUUCUGAUGGAAAUAAGUAAAAAGAAGGCACUUUAUGAAGGAAUAGAUCCUUUAGAAGCUGCAGUUUCUGGUGCAGCUUUAGAAGGUGCAAUAGCAUCAGGCAUUGGCGAUCCAUUUGGCAGUCUAGAUCUUCUUAGCAUCCAAGCAACGCCUCUUGCCAUUGGAAUUCGAGCUGAUGGAAACAGUUUCAUUCCAAUUAUCCCCAAGAACACCACAAUGCCAGCACGCAAGGAGUUGGUUUUCACAACAAUUCAAGACAAUCAAAGUGAGGCCCUGAUUGUUGUCUAUGAAGGCGAAGAGACCAGAGCAGAGGAAAACCAUCUGCUUGGCUAUUUCAAAAUCAUUGGAAUUCCACCAGCACCCAAAGGAGUCCCUGAAAUCACAAUUUGUAUGGACAUUGACUCUUCAAAUAUGCUUAGAGUUCUAGCUGGGGCAACACUCCCAGGUGCUCAACACCCUGCAACUCCUUACAUGGAAGUCAAGAUGCCGACUGUGGAUGAUGGACAUGGCUGGUGUGCAGAAGCUCUGCAUGGAAAAUAUGGUGCCACCAUGGAAUUGGUUACAUUGCGGAAGAAAAGCUAGGUGAUUUACCUAGGCCAAGCUGUUGUGUUUGUACAUUACACUUUCAUAUAACUCAUAAGUUUAAUACAGGUACAUAAUGAAAUAAUGUAUGGUGGGUUGUAACUGUUACACUGCAUGUUUUGAAUUGUCAAUAGCAUCCUAUAAUAUAAACUAAGUAGGAACUCCUGUAAGUUGGCGAUGGUGUAGUUAUGCAGAGAUCUUUUAAGUUGUAAGUUAUCACAAGCUUGUCAACUGUAUCCAUAGGUUGUAGCAUGUUCUCUUUGAUCAUAAUAUUAAAGGCUUGACAUCUGACAA